CUGGCGACGGAGGGGGCGCUGCGAGCUGCGCUGCCUGUGGAGGCCUCAGAGAGAGAGAGAGGGAGGGAGGCAAGAUGGCGGAGUACGUUCAGGUGGCCAAGAGGGCGCUGCAGCAGCUGGGGGGCCACGGCGGGAUCCGCGGGGCAGUGAUGCAGCUGCUGAGGGUGAAUGAUCUGAAGACCGGCACACUAGUUGGUGUGGAUAAGCAUGGGAACAAAUAUUAUGAAGAUAAAAGAUACUUUUUUGGUCGUCAUAGGUGGGUUAUAUAUACUGAGGAAAUGAAUGGUAAGAACACGUUCUGGGAACUGGAUGGAAGUAUGGUGCCUCCUGAAUGGCACCGUUGGCUUCAUUGUAUGACAGAAGACCCACCAACUACACAUCCACCAGUGCCUCGGAAAUUCAUUUGGGAGAAUCACAAGCUCAAUCUAAGUGGUAGUCCUGGACAGUAUGUACCAUAUUCUACCACUCGUAAGAAGAUACAAGAGUGGAUCCCACCUUCUACACCUAGCAAGUGAAAGGAAAGAAGAAUGUGGUGAUUUGCAAAGAAUCAGACUUGUAAUGUUGACUGUAUCUUCCUUCUGUAUUUAAAAUAAAGACCUUUGAUCAGAAA